UAUAAUUAUCCGCAGUACAAUCGGCACACCAAUUUUCUCGUACGUCUGCCAACGGAGCGGCCGGUAUACGAAUUCAUCAUGAGGUGGGCGAGUCGUGUAUUAGCCGUCCUUGCUACAGUGAGUUUUCUGAUCUACCCCACCGUUCGCUUCGCAAACCUUCGACCAGUGCAGCAAGAACGAGCUGAUGACUUAGCAGUAAUGCAGUCGAUGCCAUCCCCUGGACCUGCAAGGAAGCUAGAAACCCCGGCGAGGUCGUGCGUUCCUCAGAACUCCGUGUACUUCCUCAAGACCCCGAAGUGCGCCUCCACAACCCUUUCAAGGAGUUUCACCGCGUAUGGUGUCAAACACGGCCUGACCUUCGCUCUGCCCGUCAGAUGCGGACCGAUACCUAUAUCUCCAAAGAUUUUGCCGCCUGAGUAUCAUGGGUCCCCCGACGGCCGAUACCACAUGGUCGUGUCCCACACGCAGUUCAACAAGGAGGGAGCAGAGCAGGUGAUGAAGGAAUCAGCCAAAUAUGUUGCAACCAUCCGGGAACCAGCAUCACGUUUUGAGUCCAAUUGGUAUUACGGAAACUAUGAAAAGAAACUGAACAUGACUCUUACUGCUUUCCUUAAAGCGUCUCGAUAUACACGAGGACAUAAAAGUCAUUUCAAUAAGAUUGCGGAUUAUUUUGGAGUCAAAGACCCACGCGAUGACGUACCAGAAGGUGAAGUACUUAGCAAGACGAAAUGGCUGAAUGAGAGGUUCGACCUGGUGAUGGUUACUGAGAGGUUCGACGAGUCGGUGGUCCUUCUGAAGCAUCUCAUGUGCUGGAACACCGAGGACGUCGCUUACAUCAGGGCCCAUGUUGCGAGUCCCGAAUACAAGGCCGAGCUCUCGGAGGCGCAGAAGGACAGGCUUCGGCAGCUGAACAGGCAGGAUGUUCUUCUGUACAAGUUCUUCAGGGAAAUCUUCGAGGAGAAAGUCAAGGCCUUCGGCGAGGAAAGGAUGCAGAGGGAAGUCGAGGAACUUCGCCAAGCGAACGCUCGACUCAUCAACGACUGUAGAGAUGAACUCACUGAGAAGAGAAGGACUGUGAAAACCUGGAAAGUAACGAACAACUCGAACGCUUGUAAAAUGAGUCCAAUGAAUGAUAUAGAUCUACAUUCCCAGCUGAGGGAAAGGCAAAGGAUAUGGGUAUCUAGUAACUUGACUUACGACCUGUUAACAUGGACUUUUACAAAGAUCUUGAACGGAGUCGUCGAGGCGGAAAUGCCCUUGAACCACGGCAUCUUGCAGCCGCGUUUCCCGACCGAGGGCGAGUCAGAUUAA